AUGUUCAGGAUGAUCAGACCUCCACAGGACGACAUCGAGGAAAUGGAGGAAGAAGCAGCAACUAAAUAUGUAAAUGCUCCAGCACGCACUGGGAAGAAAAUGACAACUCGUCCAGGCCAGAGGUCUCGCUGCUUCUCUCAGUCUUUUCUACCCAUAGCAGUGUGUUGGCUGAUACUGUUGGUCAUCAUGGGCCUCCGUAUCUACUUUACCAAUCGCAACCUCGACAACAGUGUCUCCAAAAAACCGAUCACAGACCUGACCGCAUUAAACCAGGAGCUGGAGACACGAAACCAGGAGCUGGAGACACAAAACCAGGAGCUGGAGACACAAAACCAGGAGCUGGAGAGGGAGAGGAAGAACUUAACAGCACUGAUACAAAACAUCAGUCGAGCUCAGUGGAGCAUCGAUGAAUACUGCCCCAAAGUACAGAACGUUUCAGAGAGACGAUGUAGAGCUUGUCAGAAGGGAUGGGAACUCUUCAGGUCCAGCUGCUAUCUGUUUGCUGGUCCUCCUGAUCUGAAAACCUGGGAAGAAGCUCGAGAAGACUGCAGAGCACGGAGUUCAGAUUUGCAUUUUGUACAUGAUAAAAAGGAUGAGGUAAUGAGGAAGCUGUGGGAGGUUUUACGACACAAUUCUGAAAUAAAACCUAUUUUCUCUAAGUCUGAACACACUGUGAGUCCGUAGAUC